GACGUAACAACUACAAUGAUUUCUAGAGUGGCGAAGAGCGCGAGCGCAGGGCCAAAGGCAGACGCCCCAGUUCACUUUGUUUCGGUCGCUCAGCUCGGCGCUUCGGCGGGCUCUCGCUCCGAGUUUCUCGUCCCGAAAAUUCAAAUUUACAAAAUAAUAAAGAUAAUAAAGCGUGACAAGAUGACAGACGUUUUGAGACCCACGUCACCAUCCCUUAAUCUUCGUUUGGCUACUGCCGCUCGUCAUGCCAGAUGGGAAGGACAUCUUAAUGCUCUUUUGGCUGAUUUGCAAAAUACGGUCUCACCUGAAAGCACAACCCCCGGCUACGGAUCUCUCAAUGGAACGAGAAGUCACACCACAACCGGUUACAAAUCUUGUGACAACCGAAGUUCCCCACUUCUGUCUCAAUCGCCCACGUAUCAAAAUCGUGAAGCCAUCGAGGAAGCCAUCGUGAAAUCCGGAAGUGCUUCAUACAAUCAAACCGGAAGUGGAGGGAAAAUGCCUUCGCUGAAUAACAAUCUGUCGGAGUUAGAUACUCUUUUGCAAGAUUUGAGCAAUGCUCGAUAUAAUGCACAUGCUCAAGACAGAGAUAGCAGAGCAUCAAAUGGAUCAGGGAUUAGUCCAACUUUGCGCUCACCAAGCAGUUUAACAGCCUCACGACCUACUGUGGACUCCCUUCUUGAAGAAUUAAGCACUGCUGUUCCCAAUGGAGACUACCCACCGGAAGGAAGAGUUAAGGUCACUGUUCAAGAAACGACGACAGAAGUUGAGCCAGCUAAUGGAUAUAAUUCUGCAAGUCCCUAUGGUCGAUCUGAUUUUGAUCAGAAUUGUGCAGUCAAUGGACACAUGGCCAGCAAUGCUACUAAAGAACUGGAUGACCUCAUGGCCUCCCUUUCUGAAUUUAAGAUCCACGGCAGUAGCCACCAACGACAAACGGUGACAGACUCGCCAUACGCGAAGCCAAACAAAGCCACCAAGAGUUCGUCAAGUCCCCUUCCUCCCGAGGGAACCACGAGGAUUCACAUUUCCGAGACAAGAACAACACAUCACUAUCAGCCAGAGUACGAAGAGAGUCAGUUUGUGACCAGCCAGGCGACUCACAUCAAACAGAACCAGCUUGAUUCUAUGCUAGGAAACCUACAGGCUGAUAUGAGCCGCCAAGGAGUCAACACCACCCAGAAGGGAUGCUGCAACGCGUGCGAGAAGCCCAUCGUCGGCCAGGUGAUCACAGCCUUGGGCAAGACAUGGCAUCCGGAACACUUUACCUGCACACACUGCAACCAGGAAUUGGGAACGAGGAACUUCUUCGAGAGGGAAGGCCAUCCUUACUGCGAGCCUGACUAUCACAAUCUCUUCUCUCCCAGAUGCAACUACUGUAACGGACCAAUCCUCGACAAAUGCGUGACGGCUCUCGAAAAGACCUGGCACACGGAGCACUUUUUCUGCGCCCAGUGUGGGAAACAAUUUGGGGAGGAGGGCUUCCAUGAGAGAGAUGGAAAGCCCUAUUGCCGAGACGACUACUUUGAUAUGUUUGCACCAAAAUGUGGAGGAUGCAACCGUGCCAUCAUGGAGAACUACAUCUCGGCUCUGAAUAGCCAGUGGCAUCCGGACUGCUUUGUCUGCAGGGAUUGCCGACAGAAAUUCCAAGGAGGGUCGUUCUUCGAUCAUGAAGGAUUGCCUUAUUGUGAAACUCAUUACCACGCCAAAAGAGGAUCACUUUGUGCCGGAUGUCACAAACCUAUUACAGGUCGUUGCAUAACAGCAAUGUUCCGAAAAUUCCACCCGGAGCACUUUGUCUGCGCUUUUUGUCUGAAGCAGCUGAACAAAGGAACUUUUAAAGAACAAAACGACAAGCCCUAUUGUCACGGCUGUUUUGAAAAGCUCUUUGGAUGAAGAGAGGCUUCUGAAAAAUUCUGAGCCAACUACUCCUAUCAUAAAAAUGAUUAAAAUCAUCGCAGUCUUCUAAUCUAUUAAUACAGGGAAAAUUGUAGUUCGUACCAGUUUACUGUCUACAAAAGUUUUUCGCACUCUAGCCUAUCGACAAGGCGUAAUAAUUUAAAAAAAAAAAAGAAAAAAAGAAAAAGAGAAGAUUUUAUCACGUUCAGUCACACGCGCAAUUUUUUCACUUUUUAACAAUUUUUUUUAGAUCUCGAGUAAAGGAAUUGAAGCCUGAGACUGAAUUUCUUAGUAUCAGAAUUAAUAUGUUUAUCGAAUUUUGUCUACUUGAUGAAUAAUCUGUAGCUGGAAAAAAAAACCCUGUUUACGAUCGUUAUAGCUUUGUCCGUAGGCAUUCAGAAGACUCUCCGCGUAAAGAAGAAUUUGAGAUAAUAAAAAAAUUCUUUUAAUCGCCUGAUAUUUUUAGGCAGUUAGAAGAAACG